AAUUUACAGUUGCUAGAGAUUGUUUCCUGGACAACUUGGGCUCGCGCAUGCUCGCGAAUGUUCGCAAAUGUUACCCCGGACGACCGCCAAUCGUCAAACGGUACGGUAAUCCACACCACAGCAACAAUCUGUCAGUCAUCGUCAGUACAGCCAGUCAUUGUCAUCGCAGCCAUCGCGUGACCCGCCCGGAUGAUCAACAUCCCGACAGACGUCAACAACGGCAGUCGGCUCAGCAGUCGCUCGUGGUUUGCAUUGUGGUUAGGCCAGUCCGCUGCUUCUCUUACGAAGGACGAGUCUCGCAGUAGUCGCCAGUCGUCGAGCAGGUACACUACGCUCGUGCUGCGUCGAUCGGUCUCGGAGUGUUUUUCUUCCCGUUCCUUUUUAUUGUCAGAAGGUAUAUCACAACCGACGUAGCCAAGGGAGCCACGUCGCGUUCCAAAAAAAGGAUAGGAUAUAAGAGGGAAAGAGAAAUAAGAUAGAAGGACACCGCUGCUCGUCCGUCCAGGAAACAUGACGACGGAGGAGAAGUUCAACGCCGCUGUGAAUGUGAUUAGGAGUCUGCCGAAAAACGGAGCGUACCAGCCCAGCCAUGAGAUUAUGCUGCGUUUUUAUUCGUAUUACAAACAAGCGACUGAAGGACCCUGCCAACAAUCUAAACCCGCAUUCUGGGAGGUAGUGAAGAAAGCAAAAUGGGAUGCAUGGACACGUCUUGGCAAUAUGAGCCGUACAGAAGCCAUGAAUAAUUAUGUAGAAGAAUUGAAGAAAAUUGUCGAGACGAUGUCUUACACAGAUAAUGUGGCAACGUUUCUCGGCAGUUUGGAUUCUUUUUAUGAAAGCGUACCAGCUGAGGAUUUGGAAUUACUCGUAGGACCAGUACUGGAACGUAUACGCUCCCAACCGGGAUCACCAUUGUCUGGUUCACCUUUAGUGUCGAGAGAAACAUCACCUCACAGAGUAAUAAAUGCUUCUCGGCACAUAACGAGUAGUUUGGAAACCAGCCCGACUAGCAGCCGCACUGCGAGCCCGCUGCCACAGGACACUGAUGGCGAAGAAGAGGAAUUUAUAGAUACUGUUGAAUCAGCGCCGGAGAGAGCGCAAAAAGAUGCACUUAAGUCCACUAUUGCUUCUCAAAAGGUACAAACUACGGCAAAAAACGGAAUUGAUCAUUCAAGUACAGAAAAUGUUAUAAAAGAGAACACUGAAUUAACUAAUGGAUAUAGCAACGCUAAUGGUCACGCGGAGACGAUAUCGGAGAACCAUAGAGAGAGAAGUAGACAGAGAACGAAGAAAGAUGACAAUAAAGCCAAUGCAGAAUUUUUGAACCAAAUUGCGACAACGAUGCAGCAUCUACAGAGAGAUCUAGAUCGCAUAACGGCCAGAGUACGAGGUUUGGAAGGGCAAGCCCUACAAGCGCUGGCGCCUUCGACAGAGCACACUAUUAGACGAAAGUAUCUGAAAUGGUGGCCGUUGCAAGAAUGCCCGCCGCGUUUGUUUGUCUUACUAAUUUUGUGGCCAUUUGUUGCUCACUUACUGAUCAACUUUAUGCAGCGUUAUCGCCAACGAAGACUGUGAUGUCACGACUAUCAUUCCUACGCAGCUGAGCACACAUUUCCCAGUAUUUGGGUUAUUAAUACUGAGUUAUAGUAUACGUGCACACAGAUUUUUUUGUUUAGUUUUAUAUUCUUUAUAGAGACAAAGCUGUCCUAAUGCAAUCUACGAUUACAUUAGUAAACGUGAAUUGUGAUAAAAAUGACUAGAUCAAUCUCUGUAUAUUUUUGCAUAUGCGGCCUGUUUCGGAAGUUGCACUUUCUCUCGCCUGUAGAGUCACCGCUGAAUAAUGGGUCGAUUGAUCACGGCGAAAGUUCGAUUGAAAGACAGUUCUGCAGUUAUGUUAAGUAACAGCUAUAUGGCUUAAUAUAUUGUUUUUUUUACGCAUUUUUAUAAAACGAUACAAAUAUUAUCCUAAAACACAUAAAAAGGUACACAACUUGUGUUCUUUUUUAU